AUGUCUUCUGAGAAUCUUAUUGAUGAUGCCGGUGUUGUCUCUGAGACUACUCAACCGCAAGAAGUUCAUGGAUCAACAGAUGCACCAGCACGUACACAGGACUCAGACGAUGUACCGAAAAGUAAUAGAGCAGUACUUAGCACAGCAGGUUUGAGAUUAACUCAUGCAAGUAGGAGUGACUUGAAAAAACCUGUACUUGGUUUUCCAAAGAAGUCACCAUCGUUGCCUAACUUUCAUGAAAAUGUUCAGUCAGAUAAUGAAAAUAAUAGUGAUCCAACAUUAUCUAAACUACUAGAUGAAUCCAAAUUUGUCCAUAAUUCGCAUAGGUUGAAUUUCAGCUUAUUGAAGGACGACCAGCCAAUCGAUGAGAGUGACGAUACAAGUGGUAUCGAAACCAAAGAAGUUAAGAUUGAGGUCAAAUCACAGUUGCAUGUGCCGAAAACGCAUAAAAGAACAGCCACACUAGGUGGAGUAUCUAUGAAUGAAGAUGAUGGAAAUCUUAGCGUCAUAGAUAUGUAUGGGGAUGAAGUAGAAUCGAGAGUCUCGAAGCCGCAGGUUCCGGCAGAGGCUACACAGGUUGACAAUGAUGAGAGUCAAGAUGAGGAAGUCCCGCCACAUGCUGGAUCAAACACAUCAGAAAAUCCUGGACAACAUAAUACAGAAAAAGCUACAACCGAAGCUGCAAUGACUCAAGAAAUGCUGAGGGAGCAGCAAAUAAAAGCUGAUAGGCGCCAGAGCACUUUCCACUACGAUCGUUAUGGGUUCAAAAAACAAACUAAUUACGUCAGUGAGGCAAAAUAUGAUAGUUGGUGGAAUGAAUACUCCCAAUAUUGCAUAAGAAGAAAACAUAAAUGGAAGCAAUUACUUGAAAAGAGUGGUCUACCUGUAGAUAAUGACAGUCCAACUAGAUUUCCAUCAAAAAGUGAAAAGUUGAAAAGGUAUGUAAGAAAGGGUAUCCCUGCUGAAUGGAGAGGAAAUGCUUGGUGGUAUUUUGCUCGUGGUCAGGACCUACUAAAUAGGAACAAAGACAGAUAUGACCAACUGCUGGAAAGAAUGGAAAUUUUACUUUCAUCUGAUAAGAAGAAAAUACAAGACCUGGAUAUUAUUGAGAGGGAUUUACAUAGAACAUUCCCUGAUAACUUGCAUUUUCAACACAACUCGUACCAUGGAGAUGAGCCUCCCUUAAUAAGUUCUCUUAGAAGGGUUUUGGUGGCAUUUUCGCUAUAUAACCCAAAAAUCGGUUAUUGUCAAUCUAUGAAUUUCUUGGCAGGUAUGUUGCUUUUGUUCUUAGAUGAAGAACGUGCGUUUUGGAUGCUCGUGAUAAUAACAUCUAGGUACCUUCCUGGAGUUCAUAAUGUCAACUUAGAAGGGGUGAAUAUUGAUCAAGCGGUAUUAAUGUUAUGCAUCAAAGAAUAUCUGCCUGAAAUUUGGCCUUAUAUUAAUCCGGAGUUGAAGACGAUCAAUAAGACAAGCAACUCGUUGGGAAUAAAAAAUGGAGGUUCAACUGGUGUUAAAAACGAAUUUUUAUAUAAAUUACCACCAAUUACACUAUGUACUGCUAGUUGGUUUAUGGGUUGUUUUGUUGGUGUUAUGCCUGUAGAAACCACAUUAAGGGUCUGGGAUUGUAUGUUUUAUGAAGAAUCACAUUUCUUAUUCAAGAUCUCACUGGCAAUAUUCAAGCUUUGUGAAAACGAUUUAAGCAAAGUAAGAAAUAAUGGAAGUUCAUUACUUCCAAAUUACAUGAAUGGAAAUCAUAAAUCAAUGAGCAAAGAUGAAAGUGAUAUGGAAGUCUUUCAAAUCAUUCAGGUCUUCCCGAAAUCGUUAAUCGAUCCAAACGAUAUAUUUGAUAAAAUAAUUCUGAAGAAAAGAUUGUCUUUCAACCGUUUGGAUCAAGAGGAAAUAGAUAGGUGUAGGAAAUAUGUUGCUACACAGAGGCAAAAAUACAAAAAGUUCCACGAUAAUGGGAAAAAUGCUACGUUUAGUGGUGUUAACGAAGAUGUACCACCUGCAGGAGAAUCAGGAACAAGAAUCGCGAGUGAUACCAUUAAUGAAGCAUUGUCGUCCGAGAUUUAUGGGUUUAAGAAAGGUCUCACUGGGGUACAUUGGAAUAAUAGCAUAAAGGAGAAAGUCAGACAGAUGAGGAAAAAGAUAGAUAAGGAUGACUAA